GUGCGAGUUUAAUUUUAGCAGAACCGCAGGAACGGAGCGUUACACAGUUUUGACAUGCUGUUAAAAAAACAUUUUUCAUAGUGAAAGUGCUGAUGAAAGGUUGAUGGAUUAUUAUUUUUUUUUUUUGGUGAAGGUUACUUUUGAGUAUUCGUGUUCACGGAGUGUCCACAUUGGUCUUGGUUUUUAAAUUGAACGAAAUAUUGGCAAUAAAGUUAGAGGGUUUACAAUGAAUACAAAAGUAAUGAAAAGGAAGAAGUCGUCAUUGUCGGAGGUUAAGGUUGCUGUUAUUGGGGCACCUGGGGUUGGAAAAACUGUGUAUAACAUAAUAUGUUAAUGAAUAUACUACUGCGAACAUAAACACUCGUAAACUGCUCUCCAGAAAGCCCUCUUGAAAAAUGCGGUCUGUAAUUGCAAGAUAUUAAUAACCGAGCCAAAUGAUGAUGUUUUCAAGAGUGAAGUAAACUACUUGUUAUUCCAAGCGUUGAAAGAUUUGAAACUUUUUGAAAGUUUAUUCAAGGAUCGCGGAGAGGAAAUAGACUACUAACUAGACGUUACUCUAAGUAAAUUUCAUGUCGGUUUACUCUUCGCUCUCUCAGUGAGAUUUUUGACCAGAAGGUACAUUGGAGAAUACGACCAUAAGUCAGAUGCCAGAUAUAAACACGAGGUGAUGGUAGACAACGACCCUAUAUUGUAUGAAAUUUUAGACACUUGUCCUAAGGAUGAAAAUGACCUUACAUCGAAUGAAACUAUUAACUGGGCAGAUGGCCUUUUGCUAGUUUAUUCAAUUAGUGAUAGAAACUCUUUUAGUUACCUGAAGAAAGUUGGAGCAUUAAUAUCUGACAACGACAUUCCAGUAUAUAUUGUAGGAAACAAAAAUGAUAUGGUGCAUUUACGAGAAGUAAGCACAGAAGAAGGCGCCAUCUUAGCCAGAAACUUGGAAUGUGGAUUUUCAGAGGUGGCCGCUGCCGAACAGGUGGCGCCCGUUGCUGUAGUUUUUCAAGAACUAUGCAGGGCUGUACUUGCUUCAAGAAGAAAAUCAAAACACUCGCUCUUAGAAAGAAUGUUAGGAACGAGAACUUCAAAUCUACGGCUGUACGUUAGGGGCAAAAGCGAUAGUUGUCUACCGAAAGAUUGAAAAAUUGAGGAAAAAUUAUAAUUUGGUGGAAAAAUUGCAACUGCCAUAAUGGCACGAUUUUUUUAAGAAUGUUCAGGGAUAAAUAUUGUCCUUACGGUGAUUUUGAGUUAAUUUUUUAUAUUUCUAUAAGAAUUAUUUAUUAUAUUAAUUUUACCGCAGAAAUAAAAGAAUGCUUUAUACAGCUUAUUUUGUAAUAUAAAAUACUUAUUCGUGAUCUUCUUUUGUAUGUAAUAAAUGUGUCACUUAUGUGUAUUUAAAAGUUUAUAAUUUUUUUGUAUUUUAAUUUUAACAAUAGCUAAAUCAUCCCAUAAAGCUUGCUGUUAACGGCAAUGGCCGUUAUAUUGCAAUAUUAGCCUAUAGAUUUAAAAGAUUUAUAUGUAAAUAUGCCUAGUAGCUAAUCUAACAAUAUCUCAUAAAAUUGUUUUUAAAUGUAAAUUUUAAUAAAAAUAUUUAAUUUUUAAAAUAAAA